GUCAGAUUUGACACACAUUCAUGUUGUUGCUUGACGGGUGCGGACGUACGGCGAUGCGCUGCUGACAAACUCUCUCAACCUCCUGCUACACAAGCAUAAGAUCAACAGAGAUAUGAUCAAAUACAAGAAAAGGAUUAUAAACCAAUAAAGUUUUGAGCUAGCGGGCGCCAUGGCAGUUUUGGGCACCCUGGAGGGGCAUGGCUUCGCGGCGGCUGUGUUCUAUGGGGUGUGUUCGGCCUCCAUGGCCUUCCUCAACAAGGCGGUCAUCAGCUCCUACGAGUUCCCCUUCCCCUUCUUCAUCAUGGCGUGUCAGAUGAUGGUGACGAUCCUGUUCCUCGAGGUUUUGGGCUCCCUCGGAAAGGUCACUCUCCCGCACUACACGUGGAGAUCGGCACGGCUCUUCCUUGCACCUUCCCUUGGCUACGCCUUCCACGCCACGCUCUCUCUCAUGGCGCUUCAGGGCAUGAACAUCCCCAUGUAUGGGGCAGUAAAGCGCUGCACGCCCCUUGUCAACCUGGUGCUAUCAGUGGUGAUCCUGCACCGGCCAUUCCCCUCCUGCACCCUCAUCUCCUCCAUCCUCAUCAUCACCUCAGGAUGCUUUGUGGCAGCUUUGGGUGACCUCACUAUAGACACCUUCGCAUACACAAUGGGUGGCCUGAGCGUGCUUGCACAAGGAUUGUACCUCACGCUGGUCCAGCAGUGUGCUGAGAACAAGCUGUCAACACUGGAGAUCCUGCAGCUCAACAGCUACAACACACUAGCACCCUUCAUCAUUGUAUCUGUCUUGAUGGGCGAGCCUGAGGCCAUUGUCAAGAGUCAAUACCUGACAGAUAUUGGCUUCCACCUGACAUUCUGGACACUGGUAUCACUAGGCUCUGUUCUCAACUACUCCUUGUUCCUGUGCACUGCCCUCAACUCAGCCCUGACCACGUCACUUGUGUCCGUGGCCAAGUCAGUCAUCCAGACAUUGGUGGGAUUUUUCGUGUUUGGCGGAGUCAAGUAUCAUCCCCUGAAUAUCACAGGCAUUGUAAUGAACACCGUUGGAGGCUUCAUGUACACUUAUACUAAAUACCAGGAAGGAAAGAAGAAGUACCAGAAGGACGAGAACUACAACAAACUUCAGCUGAAUGGGGUCGUGAGCACACCAAGAGAGGCACCCUUAAUCCCCAACGGAAUAAAGCGGGACGAACACUCCCUCAAUGAAAUCAAAGUUAGCUAACACUUCUAGAGUUAGGCAAUAUUACUUUUUUCAGUGCAGAUUGGGUAGGGGUGAAAUAGGUACACGCCCAUUGCCAGCCAGUGUUUAUUACAGACGGUUUGCAAAGCUGCAUUCUCUUUGGAAGGUGUACAGUGAAGAGUAAUCAUCUGUUUUCGGGGUUUAGAAUCAUUAUGACAGAUGAGGUUAUGGGAUCAAGUCUUUAGUUUCAAUUUUCUGCCUCAUGAAGUGUCUUUUCCUCUAUUUGUAAGUUUCCUGUUUCAUCAGUGAUGUAUUAGGCUGUAUGUUGUUCUUGAGUAUGAUUGUGGUUAGAAAAUUUUUAAUGUUGACUGUUUAAAAUUGUCUUUUAUAUUUUAUUUUAAAGUUCAAACCUUUCUUAUAUUUAUUCACACAGUUUAACAGUGGUUCCCAACUUGUAAAAUUAACCCAUUCGCGCCGGGUAAAAAUGCUCUGCUCAUUUUUUAUACUUUUUAUGAAAUUUCUCUACACUAGAUGGCUCUGCCUUACCUGAUUUCAUUUGGCGGGAAAAUGUAUUUUUUACUAGUACUAUGAAUAUCGAUGGUUAUUUUCAUUAUAAACAUUAUAAUUACUAUAAUGUUAUAAACAUUAGUAACAGCAGAAUAAGAUAACGUAAGAUAUUUUCGUAAAUUAAAGAAAAGGGUAAACAGACGACACAGGCAGUACAAGUAGAAGUGUAGCCAUCUAUGUGUGAAAACAAUUAAACAAGUAAACUCACAGUGGGCCCGUCACGUAUACGUGACACCCGGCGUGAAUGGGUUAAUCUUUCCAUUUACCUUAAUGAUAUGGAUACCUAGUAAGCCAAUUUUAUGAUCACCAGGCUUGUUUUCACAAUUUCUUCUUACAGCUGAAAUAUGUAGUGUGUCCUUAUGCAAAUGUAUAAAUGGAAUUAUUAGGAAAAAAUCUGGUUAGUAGCCUUAUGAUAAUUAUAUGUAUCAAACCUCUUUAUAUUUUGAAGGCUAUCAGUUCAAUAAUUUUAGCACUCUAGGACCCCAGUUUGGGAACCACUGGCAUAACUUGCAUUUCUCUCUCUCUCUCUCUCUCUCUCUCUCUCUCUCUCUCUCUCUCUCUCUCUCUCUCUCUCUCUCUCUCUCUCUCUCUCUCUCUCUCUCUCUCUCUCUCUCUCUCUCUCUCUCUCACACACACACACACACACACACACACACACACACACACACACACACAUACACACACAUAUAUAUCCAUCCAUCCAUCCAUCCUUCUCUCCCUCUAAAUGCUGGAAAAUGUAAUUUACUGUCUGAAUGCUGUCGAUAGUGUUUGUGUUUUUUAUCAUAUUUGUAUCUUUUAUAUCUUUGUUGUGUGUGAUUUAUUGUUGCAAGAUUUACAGAUUGACCUUUUUAUUACCGAUUCUCAGAUGAAGCUACAUAUCAGUGAUCCUCCUGCCUUUGAGACAAAUCCUUGGCUCCACAGCAAAAUAUGAAUCUCUCUUGUGAAUGACUUGAUUUACAUGCACGCAAAUUCAAUCUUUUGGAUGAUGACUAGUGGUCGCAAUUUGUAUUUCCUUUUUUGCUGUUAUCAGUAUUGUUAGUUUAAGUUGAGAUGAGUGGAUGAUUUAUGUGUAUUGGAUAGUGUACUGUUUCAGUGUGUGUUUGUUAUCAGAGUGGGAUAGGUCAAGAGAGAGAUCACAGGAGAGGCAGUCCUUAAAAGCUAUCAUUGUGAAGAAGGGUUACUAUGGCUAAUGUUAAUUUUAAUAUUUGUAUAUUAUUUUAUUAUUUAUGUACUUCUAUUCUUACUGAUAUAUGAUUGUUGUCAUUAUUAGUAUUAAUAUUAUUAUAUAUAUUUUUUUAUUAUUAUUAUUGAUGCUAUUAUUGUUUUUAUUAUUAUUACUAUUAUUUUUUUUUUUUUUUUUAUCAUCUUUAUCAUUAUCAUUGUCAUUAUCAUUAUUGAGUGUAACUUAUUUAUGGUCUGCUUAAAGAGCAUUUCUUAAGUGUAUAAUUUAGUUUAGCAUUGGAUUUCUUACCAAGCUGAACACAAUUGAAUUAUUAAUAGUACUUUUAAGCACAAUGCAACAAUAGUACACAUUCUCUGAACAGCUGAACUUAAUUAAGCUUGUGUCAGUUGCCUUGUGUACUGCAUGUUGACUAUCAUUGAAUGCACAAUACUUAGCCUUUAUUACUUUUGGUGAAACCUAAAGAAUACAUCUUAUAAAAUUUAUAAAUGGGGAACUAAGCAACUUGGGAAUACAACACUUUUUUUUUUUUUUUAGAUAUUUUGAAAAAAAUAUCUGUGUACCUAUUCAGGGCAUUUUGUAACCCUAACAUUUACUUAUUUUUUACCAAGUGGUUUGGGAUUAUUUUCAUAGACUUGGAAAGAAAAUCUUAAUUUAAAUAAUUAUGAUUACUACAACUAUGGUGCUUUAAGCCACAAGUAGAAGAGCUUACCAUGACCAGGCUGAAACACACACACACACACACACACACACACACACACACACACACACACACACACACACACACACACACACACACACACACACACACACACACACACACACACACACACACACACACUUCAGACACCUCAGCAGGUCUUCUGACCAAAGGAGAAAGGCGUAGAUUCUCCCUUGCAAUAAUUUUCUUAGAUAUGAUUGAUCUACUUUUGUAUAGUUUGUUUUAUUAUAAAUAUUUAUCUCCUUUUAUCAUUAAUCUAUUCUUUUUUGGGGCUAUGACAUACUUUGUAAGUAAUUUUUAAUAUUUAAUCAAAUAAAAUAUUUAUUUAUGUAA